GAUAGGCCUUGGAAAAGUAGCUUGGAUGAGUAACUCCCUCCUUUUGCUUUGUAGCCUACAUUCAACUCUAACAGAUGCAAGAGAAUUAUCCACCAGCCUUUGAGAGGGAUGUAUCACAAACUUUCAAAUUCUUUUUGAUUUAGGAAACAUAUCGCGGAGGAAAAUAUUGGCCUUUACCUCUACUCUCCGCCUCUUUAGGUCUGCCCUACAUCUGUCUCCUUUUGGUCCUAUGCAGCCUGUACUCUGCCCCACAUUUUUUAUUUGGCGUGCCUGUCGCUGCGUAAAAGUUGCCGAGCUGCGCAUGGAAAUGUAGCUUCUUUGCGCACGACGAGGUCUCCAAAAUGGACUUACGAUCCGAACUCCUCAAGUCCAUCUGGUACGCUUUCACAUCGCUGGACGUCGAGAAGUGCGGAAAAGUGUCCAAGUCGCAGUUAAAGGUGCUGUCCCACAACCUGUACACGGUGCUGAACAUCCCACACGACCCUGUGGCUCUGGAGGAGCACUUCCAGGAUGAUGAUGACGGCCCGGUGUCUAAUCAUGGCUACAUGCCCUACCUCAACAAAUAUAUACUGGACAAGGUCAAAGAGGGGAUGUUCGACAAGGAGAAGUUCGACGACCUGUGCUGGAUGAUGACCAGAAAGAAGAACUUCAAGGGGUUACCACAGGGGGCGCUGCUAUCAGAAAGAGACUGUUUCAAGCUGUUCUGUUUAUUCAACCUCCUGUCUGAGGACCGCUACCCACUGGUGAUGAUACCAGAGGAGCUGGAGUAUCUUCUCAAGAAAAUCUCCACAGCGAUGAGCCAGGAGUGGGAUGAGAAGCCCUUGGAGGACCUGCUUACCCAGGAUGCAACAGUGCGGGACGAGGGCACGUCUGUGUGGAGCUUCCUGGAGCACAUGACCGCAGGCCGGUUGCUGAGGGUCACCAGCGCCGAGGCCUUCAGCCUGGCUCUGGACGAGGUCUUUCUGGAGAUGUAUCACAACGUGCUGAAGAGGGGUUAUAUGUGGAAAAAGGGGCAUGUUCGAAGGAACUGGACCGAGCGCUGGUUCGUGCUGAAGCCCUCCUCCAUAGCUUACUACGUCAGCGAGGCACUAAAAGACAAGAGAGGGGAGAUCCUGCUGGAUAAGAACUGUGUGGUAGAGCCUAUUGCUGACAGGGAGGGGAAGCGCUGUAUGCUCUGUGUGAAAACACACAAUAAGACCUUCGAGAUGAGUGCGUCAGACCAGAGACAGAAGGUGGAGUGGAUUCAAGCUAUUCAAACGGCACUUCGUCUCCAGGCUGAGGGCAAGGCCUCCCUACACCAAGAGCUCAAACUCAAGAGGCGGGUCCAUCGGGAACACAGCCAACGGGAGCGCUCCAGGAGCUCCCGGAGCAGCUGCAGCAGCCGCAGCAGCCAAUCGGACGACUCGUGUUUCCAAGAGCUGGAGAAGAUGGACAAAGACAAAGACAGACAGGAUUUAGAGAUAGAGAGCAUCAUACAGCAUGCACGUGAACUGGAAACCAGAAGAAGGGAAGCAGAGGAAAGAGAGAGGAAGAAACAGAAGGAGGUGCAGAUGGAGUUGGAGAGGCAGCUGAAAGAGGCCGAGACUCUGAGAGACAGCAUGCAGGCCGAGAUGCAGGAGAAGGAGAGAGAGGCUGAGCAACAGAAGAAGAGGAUCCACGAUUUGGAGCUGACGCAGGGGAAACUGGAAGCUGCUCUCCACAUGGAGAUCCAGGCUCGGCUGGAGGAGGAGAGGGCCAGACAGGAGCUGGAGAGGUUGCUGCUGGUGGAAGAAGAGAAGAAGAAGCAGUUCCAGGUCCUGCAGGAGCAGCAGAGGUCCACGAAGAGCCUCAGCACCAUACAGGAGGCCCCAGACGGCAGCACGGACGACGACUCGCCCUCCCUGGCUCUUCACUCUGCCUCCAAGGAGCUCCAGGACCUGCGGGCAUCGCGCCAGAGGAGCCACCAGCGCCUGGAGGAAGUGCAAGAGAGGCUGAGGAAUGCCAGUCAACAUGUACGGCACUGGAACGUCCAGCUGAACCGCCUGAUGACACCCGUCACUCCUGGAGAUCGUUUGGAACACCGCCUAUCAUCCAAAAACAUGUGUCCCAAAAAGGAGGGAGCGCUGGCGAGUAACGAGUUCAUCUCUAAGUUUAAGAUAAGAGCCGACCAGAACAUGCAGAUACCGGAGGACGUCGAGAGGCUGGAGGAGCAGCUGGAGGCCGCCAACCUGUCCGAUGGAUCGGAUGAAUCGGAUGAAUCGCAGGGGAAACCUAACGGACAAAUGUGAUGUCUGCGGCGACGGUCGAGUGCGGCGGAAAGUUUUUAAAAUCUACAAGUUCAGACACGAUAAUGAAAUUCAUCGUUUGUUCAAGGCCGAGGGGAGGCGGAAGGCGUAUUUAUAUGAUGAAAUGCACGCUCAGGUGGAGAGUGAAGAGGAUGAGCGCAGUGUGAUGUGGAUUUGAUGAAAACACAUCUGAAUAAUUUCAACUGACAUUUACAGUUUUGUACAAUAACGUUUAUGAUCAAUAAAAAUGGUUUGUGA